CCCGGCCCAUGGUCACCAUGACGCGCUCCAAAACCUUCCAGGCGUACUUGCCCAGCUGCCACCGCACCUACAGCUGCAUCCACUGCAGAGCACACCUCGCCAACCACGACGAACUCAUCUCCAAGUCUUUUCAAGGAAGUCAGGGCAGAGCUUAUCUCUUCAACUCUGUGGUUAACGUGGGAUGUGGCCCUGCAGAGGAGAGGGUUCUGCUCACGGGGCUUCAUGCGGUGGCCGACAUCUACUGCGAGAACUGCAAAACCACACUGGGGUGGAAAUAUGAACAUGCCUUUGAGAGCAGUCAGAAGUACAAGGAGGGCAAGUUCAUUAUCGAGCUCGCCCACAUGAUCAAGGACAACGGCUGGGACUGAGCGAGCGUCCUGGAGAGAGCAAGCAGAUGACGGGUGGAUGGUGAAUGCGUGGGUGAAUGACUGACUUUGGUUUGCCAUUACCCUCUUAAACCCUCUUCUACCCUCCAUCUCCUGCUGACACACACGCCUCUAGCUGGAGCCAAAUCAGGAGAGCGGGCCGCCCCGGGGGGCUUUGUGUGUCUGGAGGAGAGAGCGCACGCGUGUGUGUGUGUGUCCGCCCUGGCACAUGGGAGCACACAGAUACAUGAAUGCAUACACAAGGUGUACAGACAUAUGUGUGUAAAAACAACAGCAUACGCUCUCACGCUCAUCUCAGCCCGACUGUUUAUACUACAAGCGGCUCUAUUCAUACACGUAUAUGACAUAAGGCAGGGCUCAGAGGGCACGUUGUGCUUGGCAGGAUCAGGGUCACGAGUUCGCCGAGCUGAUGGGGCUUUCUCCACUUUGUGUUAGUGAGAAACUACCAGGCUGACCUAUUCGAAUUCAGCACCAUCUGCGCAAGCGAGGAGACUUGGCAUGGAGAGAUCUCUGAAUAGAGCUCUGACGGACCAACACAAAGGGCUUAAAGGAGUAGUUCACCCAAAAGUGAGAAUGCACUAUGAGAACUAUUCCUUUAAACCGUCCAAACCGUACUGUUGCUUGGCACAAGUUCGCAGACAAAAUCCAGUCAUUUCAAUCCAUGUUUCACGUGAGGGCGGAAAAGUUGCCUCAUGUUCAAGUUGGUUAUGCGAAUUCACUGCGCUGACCAACAGAAACCUGCUUGGUUUGAAAGUGACUUUGAUGUGUGAGCUGUGUUUAAUACAUCGCUGCACUAUUGAAAUUUGGCUGAAA